AUGAAUAGCGAACGACAUACAGAGAAGGUAGACCCUAUUUGGACUUCAAGUCGCACUGCACGCCAGAUAUUAGCACUGGGCGAAGUUGAGCGGACCGACCCACCAGAUAGCUCGCUUCCACAUGGCGAAGAACGUUCGGAGCAAUUCGUUCUUGAGGCAAACGAGUAUUUCGAGCGACUCGACCAAAUUCACAUCAGUAUGCGCUCGACCCUCGCACAUAUCCGUCAAUCUCGCAUUGCUCCGUCCGCCAUUGACGCACCUCCGCCGAACUUCGUCCCCGCACCAGCAGGCGUCGGUACGCCCGCUUCGGCUCCUUCUACUUCUACAGAAGAGUCAGGACAGAUGGGCCGUGGCUUGCAAGAGGAACGCGUAAACCGAGAUGCAUGGCGUGGUAUCCUCGACGCGCUAACGCGACUCAAACGGGCCCAAGAGCUUGAACCCGAACGAAAAAACUUGAGCAGAAUGGAUACGGACGGCUAA